AUGAGGUUCGGCAGUGCGAGGCGCAGGUUGAUCAUCGACGCGAAGCAGGCGGAAGUGACGCGCAGCGCCCAGCGGGCGACGGGCGUCAAGCACGACAUCUGGAACUUGAUCAGCCCCCGGCGCGAGCUGGCGGCCGGCGUCGCGCCCUCGCGCAUGAUCGCGCCGGUCUCGCAUGUCACGAUCGCCAGGCAGCGCGUCGACGAGCUGACGGGACAGGAGGCCUUGAAGAAGAACGCGGCCCCUGCGCCGUCGGGCGGCGGCGGCCCGGUGGGCGAGGAAGACGUCGAGGCCGCGUGGGAGGCCGAGGAGCUCGGGGUGGCCGCUCUGCCAGCAGACGCGCCGGCGGACGCCGCCAGCAGCGUCGUGGCGGAGUCCGCCGCCGAGCCAUCGGCGCCGCCCCAGGCCGAGAGCCUGGACGACGAGGAGGCGGCCGCCUGGCGCGCCCUCAAGGAGGCGUUCGGCGAGGAGGUGCCGGAGCCGGCCGCGCCGCCCAGCGGGCAGGAGCCCCGCGCGGCGGCUGCGGCGGCCAGCGACGGAGAAGGCGAGCCCACGGUGGACGGCGAGCCCUACGCGGACGGGGAGCCCGACGCGGACGGCGAGCUGGGCGCGGGCGGCGAGCCGUACGCGGACGGCGAAAACGACGAACCCGACGUGGCCAGAGAGGAGCCGGCGCGCAGGGUGCGCAAGCCGAUGUCGCCA